AUGAAAGCGCGACGAAGUAGGUUCCAGCCCCGUGCGCUCCAUGGCGUGCAGGAAACCGUGGACCUCCAGGCUGAACAGGCGGACAAGGAUGCGAAGGUCCAAAUGAUCGUGUUCAUGAUCACCAUCAUCUUCCCCCUCGCAGGUAAUAAUAAACGUGGCCAACGCUCACCGGCGCAGGAUGCAUUCUCUACGCCUACAGCCGCAACUCUAGGCGGGAUUCCCCCCGUUACAUCUGGGCCUACCGCGCGCUGCAGCUGGGCACUGCUCUCAGCGUCAUCUACAGCUUCAUCAUAUGCUCCUUUCUCCACCACUACCAGCUCCAGUCCCUCAAGGGAGACGUCACUGGGUUCUCGUACACUCAAGGCAGAAUCUGAAUAA